CCCACCGCCCGCACCUGCGGGGCCACGGGCGCUCGGGCGCCGCAGCCGCUCAGCACCUGCGGCUCCCCCAGGGAGCCGGGCGCGGGGCCCUGCGCACUCGGAGCUCGGCUCCUUUCCUCCUUCCUUUUCUUCUUUUGGGGGGUAAGUCGGGGCUGGUUUGGAUGUUUUCGGAGAGCCGGGGACGGUCUCAAGCUGUUUUCGCGGAGGGAAGUCUUUGAAAUGCGACAUCUAGAAGAGUAGCCCUAGGCGACAAUGCCGGGCGUUCCCGGACCGGGGCAACGCUGGGAUUCCGGGGAAGUGGAGGCAGAGGGAGCGGGCACGGGGCCAGUAGCCGCUCCACGGAGUCCCCGGCAGGGGCGAGCUUAGCUGUCCUGCCGGGUCCGCUGCCCACCCCGGCCCGGGCCGCGGUGACAGCUGAGGGUCCAGAGAGCCGGCAGGAGGGGACCCUGCGCAUUGUCUGCCGCGAUGGGGACGUGGGCGUGCCCGCGGAAUUCACCUCCUCCGGGGACCAGCCGCCCAGGGAGGAGCCGGCACAGAACGCUGGCUCGGAGCGCCGGCACCCUGGGCCUUUGCGUUGUUUGUCGGCUGAGCAGCUGGUUCCCGGAGCCCGUGGGCCUCCUGGCCAAUGCGAGUGACAGCGACCUUCUGGGUUUAUAAUAAAGGGCCUGACGCGCCGCAAAGUCCCCUAGCCGCUGGCCACCAGCCUUCCAGCCCUUACGGCCCACGCUGUGAUCCUGGUGACCGAGAAGAGAGCAGAGGCACUGCCAGAAGGAAGGGGACAAGACCCAGCAGGACACCUUCUUUCCACGCUUUCCAGCCUGUGGGAGCAGCAGGGGCAGCAGAGAGGGAACCUGGAGCCGGGAUUAAUGACCCAUUUAUGAAGCAUCUUAUUCUGCGACUGAGGCUGUGUGGUCAGUGGCGACGUAAAUGGCUCAACUCCCCGCUGGCAUUCGCUUCAUCAUCUCGUUCUCCAGGGAUCAGUGUAGCUAAGAGAAUUCAGGAACGCAAAUACCUUCUGCUCCAAAUGAUUUUGAUGCCAAAGCAGCGGAUUCUGGGCCCAUUCAUCUCCUCCGCACCAACCUCCUGGUGGCCCCCAGCCCUGCGCAGCUUCUCAGCCCUGCUGGUUGGUGGAGCAUCCACAGGGUGUCUCAGGUACAGAGCCUUCAUUUUUAUUUUGACAUUUCUGCUGUAUGCAAGUUUUCACUUAUCUCGAAAGCCUAUCAGCAUCGUUAAGGUAACCGUGACUCUCACCUCUGGCCGCGUGGAUUCGUUGUCCGUCCUGGGACUUCCUGGUGAGCUCCACAAGUAUUGCACUGCUUGGGAUGAAGCUGACAGCAGAUUUAGCAGCCAGAGCAGCAAGUCUGGGUCCGUUGCCCCCCGCCAGCUCCCUGACAAUGAGACCGACUGUGGCUGGGCACCAUUUGAUAAGAACAACUAUCAGCAGCUGCUUGGGGCCCUGGACUACUCCUUCCUGUGCGCCUAUGCCGUGGGGAUGUACCUCAGUGGCAUAAUUGGGGAACGCCUACCGAUUAGGUAUUACCUAACUUUUGGGAUGCUCGCCAGUGGAGCCUUCACCGCCCUGUUCGGCUUAGGGUAUUUCUACAACAUCCACAGUUUCGGAUUCUACGUGGUAACUCAGGUCAUCAACGGGCUGGUGCAGACCACCGGCUGGCCCAGCGUCGUCACCUGCCUCAGCAACUGGUUUGGAAAAGGAAGGAGAGGUUUGAUUAUGGGGGUCUGGAACUCCCACACCUCCGUAGGCAACAUCUUGGGGUCGUUGAUCGCUGGCUACUGGGUGUCCACGUGCUGGGGCCUGUCCUUCGUUGUGCCUGGGGCCAUCGUGGCAGCCAUGGGGAUAGUGUGCUUUCUCUUCCUCAUUGAACAUCCGAAGGACGUCAGGUGCUCCUCCACCCUGCUGACGCACUCAAAAGGCUCUGAGAAUGGUACAAACAGAUUGAGUCUCCAGAAGCAAAUCUUGAAGACCGAAAAGAACAGGCCUCUGGACCCCGAGAUGCAGUGCCUGCUGCUCUCAGAUGGGAAGGGCUCCAUCCACCCGAACCACGUGGUCAUUCUCCCCGGGGACGGUGGGAGUGGCACGGCCGCCAUCAGCUUCACAGGAGCGUUGAAAAUUCCAGGCGUGAUAGAGUUCUCGCUGUGUCUGCUGUUCGCCAAGCUGGUCAGCUAUACUUUCCUCUUCUGGCUGCCCCUGUACAUCACGAAUGUGGAUCACCUUGAUGCCAAGAAAGCAGGGGAGCUCUCCACCCUGUUUGACGUGGGCGGAAUCUUUGGUGGGAUCCUGGCAGGUGUGAUCUCAGACCGACUGGAGAAAAGGGCCUCCACCUGCGGCCUGAUGCUGCUGCUCGCAGCCCCCACGCUGUACAUCUUCUCCACCAUCAGCAAGAUGGGGCUCGAGGCCACCAUCGCCAUGCUGCUGCUCAGCGGAGCCCUGGUCAGUGGGCCCUACGCGCUCAUCACCACCGCCGUCUCUGCCGACCUGGGGACUCAUAAAAGUCUGAAAGGCAACGCGCACGCCCUGUCCACCGUGACCGCCAUCAUCGACGGGACCGGCUCUGUAGGAGCAGCCCUGGGCCCCCUGCUGGCUGGGCUCCUCUCCCCGUCCGGCUGGAGCAAUGUGUUUUACAUGCUGAUGUUUGCAGAUGCCUGUGCCUUACUGGCACUGGUUAUUUACAAGAAACACACCUGCUACACUGGAAUUCCGGAAAGACGAAAGUAGAAGAAUGGGAAAGUACACGACAGGUAAAUAAUAACCAGAGGAGGCUGGAUUUGUUGCAUUGGAAGAAAGAGACCUAAAGCAGAAGCACUUGGGAGAUGGGGUCUUGUUGUAGUGGAGAAGAAACCGUACCAGGAUGUGCAGCAGGCCGGUGAGCUCAAGUUGGGCCUUUCAAACCUAAGAAAUAGACAUACCUUUUUCUCUUCCCUGAACAACAUGCUUUCUGGUAUCUUUUCCCCAUAAUAUACAAGUGUUUCCUCCCAAGUCUGAGGCUGAGAACCUCCAUGAUCUGAGCAGGUGUCCUGGGGGGCCAGAGGACACCAUGCUUCCUGCCUCACUGUGCACACUGAUGGCCAGCUCCAGGGCCCGCAGGACUGCCUGGGCACACAGCCAAAGUCCUCCAGGUCUCCAGUGCGUGUCGCCUGGGCUCCUGAAGUUGGCAGGGCCCCUUCUUUGUUGGUCAUUCUUGCAUGUGUGAGCCAAGCACACAGGCAUGUUUUGAAAUCGGAUCUCUGUUCUUCAGAACUGUCACUAUUUACAGUUCAUCCCAUACCCACAGAUAACACUAGCUACUACAUUCUUCAUCUUUUUUUCUCUGUCUUAAUGAUUGGCUUUUCAUAAUCAUAGGUCUCUUCAGGUUAGCACUUUUCACACAUCACACUUGGUAGGAUGUAGAUGUGGGUAAGGUACCAGCUCAGACACAACAAGCCUGUGCCGGUAAUUGGAGCUAGCGGUUCAGAUACACACAGAUGGAUUUAUUUAACAAAAACCUUGCUCUUGCCACCAGCACUAUUGUUAGUACCUGCCGUGUUCCCACAACCUUUACCAACUAAUUAUCGCAAACACCUUUCAUGUACCAAGCAGAGCGGCUGAAUGCAUCUUAUCUGUAGAAGGGGCUCCUGUUCUCUCCAGCUUGAACUCACCUCAUACAAGGGACUUCUAAGUUCCUACUCGAACCAUAAGCAUCUAAGAAAAUAGAAGAGUUUCUGCCUUAUAGAGCUGUGGACUGAGGCUUGGGGGUGGGGCCAUGGGUUUGGUUUUUAAGCAGCCCCUCGAGACCGUCCUCCAGCACCCCUUCCCCGCCUCCCCUGGCCCAGUGAUCCACCCUGGGUCUGAGGGCAUCUGCGGCCCGCUAAGAGUGAGGGGCCACGUCCAGGGAGAGCCCUCCUGUGGGCUGAUAUCACACUUGGGGAGAGACUGGAUCCACACUGGAAAAUGCAGACACACUAGUUAAAUUGGGGAUAGCACAAUCAUUUGUCUGGAUUUGGAAGCUGAUGUUGAGCCCUCGAACAUGUGAAAGGCACAGAGUUAAAGCCCUGGGUCUGGAGAGGAGCUCAGGCUGAGGCAGUGAUAUUGGUGGAACAGCCUUGGUCCCCGGCCAGGCCUGGCCUCCGAGGGGCUCCCAGUGGGGUGCAGCUGUCCUGUGGCAGCCUCUUCAGACCCCAGGACUGGCGUCGGAGAUGCUCACCUGGCUUUAGAGUCGCCUGAGAAACUCAGGUGCAGCCCCUGGGCCACCAGCAUUGUGGUCCUCCUGUCUAUUUUCUUUUUCCCACUGUGGACGUUUUAUGAUUGGACUAAUUUUAUUCUAAACAUGACUUGACCCCAGAACUGGUUCAGGCUGCAUCUUUCCCAAAAGCCUUGUUUUCAGGGCACCUCCUGGUUCUUCAUGGGCCCUCAUCAGACAGCCCUGCCCACAGGAACCAAGGCCUCGGGCUGAGUAUGCAGGCCCCACUGCUCUUGCUGGGAGGUGACCCCAGGGAAGGUGCUGUGGGGAAAGAACCACCCGCCUGAGUCUUGCGGGCUAGGUCCUCACGGUGCCCACAGCGCGGGCCACCCUGUGCCUGCCCCAGUGACGCGUGGGCUCACCUUU